CACCUGGCCAGAAAGGAAAGGGAAAGUGAUAGUUCGUCGCGUAUCCUUUAUUUACUGGUUCCUACGCAGUAUUUAAUUUUCGCAACUUCAGAUAAAAUUAAUAUUUUAGUGUUCUAUCAUGCAACAAUGCCGCCUGGGUUCUCUUACUCGAAAAGUAUUUUUACCUCAGAAAGGUCAAACAAGGUCUUUCUGGGAGUAUGUAAAUAUGAUGUUUAAUAAACCAGAUACGAACCGCAUAAAAACGGUGGGCCCGGAUCGAGCUUGUGCUGAAUGGGUGUUAAGAAACGGUGGUAAAGUAACAUGGGCAGAUGGUAAGAAGCAAACAGACUACAACUUAUUGCCCCCAGAGGAACUGAAAAGCCAGAAGUUGUUGGAAAUUGACGGCUCCGAUUCUUCAAUAUCACAUUAUGGAUUUUCCCAUCUAGAUGGAUGCACAAUGUUAAAGAAAAUUAUUUUACACAACAAUAAAUAUAUUGAUGACAGAGCUCUUAAAGGACUGGAGUAUGGCAAAGAUGUGUUAUCACAUGUACAAGUAUCUAAAUGUGUAAAUGUUACUGACCUGGGCUUGAAGGAAAUGAUUGUAUUAAAAAAUCUUAAAACUCUUGUAUUAUUUGAUCUAGCUAGUGUUGAAAAUCUGGCUGAAUGCAAACAAUAUUUGGGUUCAGGAUUACCAAAGUGUGAAAUAAGAGGACAAGUGGAAAGUGUGAAAACUUAAGAGGCCCC